AUGAAGCUGCCAGCGUUCUGGACUGGGCUGGAAUACACCUGCCGGCUCCUGGGCAUCAUCACAGCUGCAGUGUUGAUCGGCGUGGGCACCGAGACGUUCUUCCAGGGGCAGUACAAAAGCCUGGCCUUCUAUCUCCUGUUUGUCGGAGCCGCCAUGGCCCUGUGCGAAGGCGCCUACUUUGUGGCUCGGCUGCUGGCCAUCUGCUUCCAGUGCCAGCCAGGGUCCCUGGCCCACAGAGCGAAGGAGAAAGCCCACUGGCUGGGCUGCUUUCAGAAGUUCCUGGCCUACAUGCUGCUCUCCGUCGCCUGCUUCCUCCAUCCUGUCCUGGUCUGGCAUGUGACCAUCCCAGGCUCCAUGCUCAUCAUCACGGCCGCAGCCUACUUCCUGUUGAGCAAGCGGAAGAAGAACAAAAGCGCUGCCGAGGCGCCGGCGCCCACGGAACAGUACACGGACCCCUGUAGCAGCGCCGUGAGCACCACAGGCUCGGGCGCAACGGAGCAGACCUACACCUUCCACGAGGCCCUCAAGGAAGGGCCGGGCUCCCUCUUCAGCCACAUGAAGAGCAUCCUAAAGGGCACCAGGAAGCCCAGUGCGCUGCAGCGCCCCAGUGCUCUCACGGAGCUGGCGCUGCGGCCCGCUGACUCCACGGCCACGAAGAAGCAGGUGCACUUCGAAGACCGCGUGGUCCACAUCCACCCGUCUCUCGCGGACAGGCUGGAGGGAGGCGGCGACAGCGAAUCGGAGGAGACCACCUCCGACACCACCCCCAUCAUCCCUCCUCCCCAGGCCCCGCACUUGCUGUCCUCGUUCUCAGCCACUGGCCUGUUCUGA